AUGAGAGUCAGAAAGGUGGACUUGAUCAACAAUAUUGUUUCAACAGUGUUUGGUACAGGUUAUAGUGAAUACAGUAUUUCUACCCCAGGUUUAGCAGUGUCAAAAUCUACAUUCUUGUCCCCUACAGCAUUAGCGUGGUGGAAAGGAAAACUACUUGUAGGUGAAUCUUAUGCGAUCAGACAAAUUGACAUGACCACAGGAAUCGUUAGCUUUUUGGCUGGAAGUACAAACUCCAUGCAUUUGGACGAUCCUGAUCCUUCUCUUGCAAGAUUUAGUAACAUUCUUUGUUUGCAUGUGGCCUCUAAUGACGAUAUUUAUGACCAUCAAGGAAAUAUUUUAGCAUUAGACCAAUCACACUCAAGAGUACGCAAAAUCACAAACAACAAUGGAGUGUUCACGACAGUCAAUACGUUGGUUGGUGUUGGUGGAGUCGGAAACUUGAUGCAACCAUACAAAAUGUCCUAUACUAGCAAUGGAGAUUUAUACAUUACACAUCAGUUCUACAUUUCCAAAUAUUCUGGAGGUGUUCUCUCAGAUGUUGUUGGUAACGGUCAAUAUGUUGCAACGGACGAUGGCACCUAUUCAUCUGGAACCUCUGUGGGAGUGUCUUUUCCCACUGGAAUUUCAGUAGACAGCAAUGGAGCCAUUUAUUUCGUAGAGGCCUUCGGUUCUAAGAUAAGAAAAUUUAAUGGUACCUCUCUCAGUUCUAUCAUCGAUUCGUCUAAAAUUUAUGUCAACAUGAAUCCUGCUAAUCGAUCCUUUGUCAGCGGUGUUAGAGGAAAAGUCAUGACAAAGAAGGAAAUAUUUAUUAUAGUGAAGUGUAAUGUUGCUAAUUACAUAGCACCUGCAGGAGCUGAUGGCCUUAAUGGCCCAGCAGUACUAGCAAGAUUUAAUGGUGUUGCAAACGUGGCCUUAGAUGAUAAUGGAGAUUUGUAUAUCGCAGAAUCGGGACAUUAUUCGAUUAAAAAAGUAACAAUAAGUACUGGAGUGUUGACUCUGGUUGCUGGAGAUGGCAGUUUUUCGAAUUGCCCAGAUGGAACAAGUCCUUUGUCAUGUGGACUGAACUUCCCUCGUACACUUGCUUUCUAUAACGAAGAGUUAUAUUUCUCAGUGAAUAAUUUAAUCAGAAAAAUUUCAAGAACCGACAACAAGGUGUACACAGUCGUUGGAGGCGGGUCAUCCACUGCUGAGAAUAUUAAUGGAACUCAAUUACUUAUCGGAAUCAUUGGAUCUACUCUUGAAAUAACAUCGAACGGCUUGUUAUAUUUUGUGGACAACUUGAGUAAUAGAAUUAAAGUUUAUGACAUCAACACUCAAAAAGUUAAUACCUUUGCAAACACAGCUUCGUACACUGCCUAUAACUGGGCCUUACUCAUAGGAAAUGAUAUGUAUUUUGGCACUACGAGCCUUGAUUUUAUCUCCAAAAUUGCAGCAGAUGGGUCCGUAACCAAUGUUGCAGGUUCUUAUGGAACUUCUCGACAAGAAAAUUCCAAAGCAACAGAAACUCCACUGAGCGGGGUUCAAGGUAUUUUAUGGUCUCCUCAAAGGCAGGAAUUCAUCACUUUUGAAGAAACGAGGAUUAGAAGAAUGUAUUCUGUUUGUGCGACUGGAUGGACUGGCCCAUUUUGCGACAUUCCUAUUUGUUGGAACAAAUUAGCAACCAACUCGAGUGUGUGUUCUGGUCAUGGAAAUUGUACAGCUCCAAACACCUGCUCAUGUAUACAGGGUUAUAGUUCACUGGAAUGUACUGAUUAUACAUGUUAUGGACUUAGAAGUACAGAUACCAACGUUUGUUCAGGAAAUGGAGACUGCUCUUCACCAGACAAUUGUACUUGCAGACCAAAAUAUAUGGGAGAUAGAUGUCAAGAAUACACUUGUUUUGGUUUGAGCAUGUUGGAUCACGCAAACGUUUGCAACGGUAAAGGUUUUUGUUUGACCACGGACGUGUGUCUUUGCAGUCCUGGUUACUCUGGAUUGAAUUGUUCAAACUGCACUAAUUGUGGAACUUCUCCAAACCAACCUGUCACACCUCCUAUCGUUCAAUGUUUUGGAAUUAAUUCAACAGAAGGUCAUGUGUGUUCUGGUCACGGCAACUGUUCUAGCUCUGAUAAUUGCACAUGUGAAACCAAUUUCUAUGGAAGCAACUGCUCCGUUACGUUAUGUUUCGGAGUAUUCAGCAAUGAAAGCUCAACAGUUUGCUCAGGUAAUGGUACAUGUAACGAAUUCAAUUCUUGUACAUGCCAUUCCAAUAAUUACGGUAACAGGUGUGAAUAUUACUUCGUUCAUACUGGAAAUAACUCUACACAAAUCAACCCACCCAAUCCAUCUCAAUCUCUAACAUUUUUGUGGUUCAUUUUACCUUUAGGAUUGAUUUUGAUUGGCAUUGCAGUAAUUUGUUGUUUGGUUGUAAUUGUGUUAAAACUGAAGAAGAUGAGAAAUGCAAAGAGAAAAGAUCAUGAUUCCAAAGAGAAGGAACUGAAUACUGUGAUACCAAAUUGUUGA